AUGGACAGGGCUGUAGCGGUCUGCUGGAUGUUUAUGCUGCUAUCGGCCUUCUUCUGUGAAACCGUGAUCUCCAAGGGGGGUAGAGGGGGGGCGAGGGGAGCUGCCCGCGGGAGCGCCCGUGGAUCGCGCACCCGCUUCAAAACCCCGCGGCGCUACAGCUCGUCGCCGGCGAGGGUCGCGGGGGCCGCCGCAGCCGGAGCCGCAGCAGGCAUGGCGGCCGGCGCCUGGUACGGAUCUUCACGGUAUCGCACGGAGGACGGCUCGCCGAGGUUCGACGGAGAGAACGGAAACCGGACGGACGGCGAUUUCUACAGCUACAGGACGUCGGCCUCCGCCACGCACGCGACCUCCCUCCUCCCAUUCCUGUCCAUAUUCGGUUCAGUCAAUUUACUGAAAUACUUCAGCCUCUGA